UAUAGUAAACCCCACCAAUAUUUCAUUCUCUUGUUCUUUCUGAAUAUCUGCACUGAAUUCUUAGGGCUUUUUUUCCCUUUUAUCUGUGCGCAUGCUUUGAUCGAUCUUUCUGUGGGGUUCAGUCCGUCGAUGAGGAAGCCUUGCUGUGAAAAGAAAGAGACUAACAGAGGAUCAUGGUCCCAGGAAGAAGACCAGAAACUCAGUGAUUACAUCAAACAACACGGCGAAGGUUGUUGGCGUUCACUUCCCAAGGCUGCUGGGUUGCGUCGUUGUGGUAAGAGUUGCAGACUCAGAUGGAUAAAUUAUCUAAGGCCAGGCCUAAAACGCGGCAACUUUGGAGAAGAUGAAGAGGAUUUGAUCAUCAGGCUUCAUGCUCUCCUUGGGAACCGAUGGUCACUGAUAGCGGGAAGGUUGCCUGGACGGACGGACAACGAGGUAAAGAACUACUGGAACUCUCAUCUAAGGAAAAAGCUAAUACAGAUGGGAAUUGAUCCUAAAAAACCACAUCAGCUGGGAGGCAAAGGUCUUCACAUCAAAACCUGUCUGCCAGACUUGAAUCUUGAUCUUACACUAAGCAACACAGCUCCAAGUACUACUCUUGUGGAAGAGAGCUAGCUUUCAUGGCCUCUGAUCUUCUAUAAUCAAAGUAGUUAGCUCAUAUAUAUAUAUAUAUGAUCUGUUGGUGCAAAACUGGAGAUCGACUAAAAAUAACAUCCAAACUUAUCUCACGUAUUUUAGCAGUGGAGGAGUUAUAUAUUUAUAGCAUGUUAGUGGUGAUGAAUAUAUUUGUGUGAAGUAGUAUAUGGCUAGAGAUUGUAUUUUUCUAAAUGUCUCAUCAUGCCAUACCUGCUUUUAUUAUAUUCUUCGAAACGGGACUGAAUUAAUAUAUGUAAUUUGACUGUAGUUAAUUAGUACUACUUUAGUUAUAUAUUUCUAACAAGCUACAGAUAUA